UUCCUUUUUUGCUUGAUUUCGUUUCUUUUUCUUUCUGCCUUGAAAUUUUGUUUGGUUUUUCUCGAGUGGAGAAUUUUUCCCUUAAGUUCAUCACAGUUCAAUUAGAUAAACUCUACCUUAAAUAAUUGCCUCAAUAAUUAAGCACUGACUGUCAGUGUACAAACUUUUUAACGUUUUAUUUGUGCCACUGCAAAAAUCGUACUGUAGCUGCAAACAGAUCAACAAAUAUCGUUAGCAUUUUCUUUCUUUACUAGCCCAUGUGUAAUCAAACUCGAGACAUAGGUAUAGCAUUUAAUACAGUUUUUAUGUUUUGUGUGAUUUGAUUUAGGAGUUGUGCAUACUUACUGUCGCGAGUAAAUGUAAGGGCAGUCCUGCAACUUUGUUAGCUUUGCUCCGACAAGAAAGUAAGUGACAUUGGUUACAAAUUAAUUUGACCAAUUCUUAUGGUUUUUGAUAUACAUUGUAGGCCAAAAGUUUGAGACUAUCAGUGAAAAAUUUGUUUUAUCGUAUAUAUGGUGGAAACAGGCCGCUGACCGAAGAGUCAGUGUGGGUCUCACCGGGCUCACCAGCUUGUUCCUACCUUUCGCCAAAGUCUCCGGUUAUUUGCCUUUAUUUACACUCAAUCGUUUCUGAGAAAUUUCCUCCAAUUAUUUCCACUUUCAAUGGUCGCGGAAAACAAAAUGAAAAUAUUGCCAAGAUAGAGACGCUAUGCAAUAUUAUAGAUAGCAGAAAGGUGCGAAUGAAAUUAACUAAAUGGGAUACAUCAUUCGUCAGUUUCAAUAGGCCGGUAUCAGUAUUAAAAUUCGUCUAGAAACAAAGUUACCCUCGGUAUUUUUUUCAGACAUGAAAGCCUGAAAUUUGUCUCCAUGGACCGAGUACAAUAGAUAUUCUUGCUUUGCUUUUUUAAAUUCCUUAUUUACAUUGGUUCAAGCAUGCAAAAUCAUUUAGAGAACUGCUAAUUUUCUUAAAGAUAUUGAGAUUCGAAUACACCGCUGACGAAGUACUUGUUAACUUGUUUUUGAUUAAACGCCAAACGCAACCAACGGGCUUUUACAAAUUUGAUUCCUAGUGCUACUUAUUCUGUCUCUUAAAAGUUGAUAUGCUGUUUACUUACAACAUUGUGGGAAAUUUCAAUUCCUUUGACUUUUUAUUCAUUUUCCUUUAAAUUUUUUUUUAAAAUGAUUUGCCUGCCUUAAUGUAACCUUCGUCUGGCUUCCAUAUAAAAAUGACUGGACUAAUUAAGGUCAUUAAGAUUUUCAUUAAGUAGGGUAAUAGUAGGUAAAAAAAGUAACAACUUAAUGCCAAGCUCUAUAUAUUUUCGAAUAUUCCUUGCCGACCAGAUAAAGCAGAUGCAGAGAAUUCACUUUGUUAGGGUUGGCUGUUAACCUUUAAAAACAAAUGGUGAUUCAAGCUAUUUUUUCUCCAUAUACUCAUGUUUGACCGGCAUUUAAUUCAAUAGUUAACUCUAAGGCAAUUGAUUUCUCGAAUGUGAAAAUGGAUAUUGAAAUUUGCACUGCAGACAGUUCAGGAGGGGAUAAGAAAUAUGAGAGGCAUGGACACAGCAGCUCUAGAGGCAAAGUUGAUUCCACAAGAGAUUCAAGCACUUCUUCUAUGAGCACCGAUGAUGAGGAAGAUAAAAUAAAACGUCAUAAAACGCAAAUUAGCCGCAAAUCCUAUCGGCAACAUGACGAUCAAACGGCAGGACCGUCACGAUCACAAGAACGACCAAAGAAACAGUCGGAAAAAAUUCCCUAUUUCAUAGAUGCGAAACGCGAGGAAGAUCGCUUGAGGCGUAAAUAUGGUCACGAUCAUUUAAGUCGUUCCCGAAGAAGAAGCACAAGUCGCAGUAGACGAAGACAUCGUACACGAAGUUAUAGUCGGGAGCGACGAAGAAGCAGACAUCGUUCAUACAGUCGAGAACGGCAUCGACGCAGUACGAGUUAUGAUAGGCAUCGUUCUCGAAGGAGAUCUCGAACGCCAGAUAGGCGACAUAUUAGCUCUAUGAUGGCGCAAAGUCCAUCAUCAUAUAUUCCUCUUGUUCCCGUACAAUACCCAUUUCCCCCGCAGUUUGUUCCCGCUCCGUAUCCACCUAGAUUUCCUCCUGGUGGUGUUCUACGUCCUCCGUAUCCACCGCCGGUGGUUUAUUAUGUUCCACAACCUUUAGUUCGACCAAUGGGAAGGUGGAUGAAUAGACCCAUUCGUCCGAAGAGGAAUUAUUAGAUUAAUUAAUUUUUUUAGAAAGACUCUAUUGAGCUUUCGUUUAUUUAUAACUAAGCUAAGGACGUUAAAUUGUACAUUUCUUUUUAAGACUGUGAGCUUAUAGUUAAGGGAGAAUUUAUCGCUGAAUAAAUUACCACUCAUAUUCUAAA